AUGUCAUGCAUGUAGAGCUUGGUCAUUUCAAAAUCUUUCUAAGCUUUGCUACAACACUUAACCAUGGCUCCAACCACCCUCUCUCUCCUCCUCCUCCUCCUCCUCCUCGUGUCAUCAUCCAUGGCCAUGCAAUAUGACGGGGACGGCGCCCGUUGCGCACCGACGCCACCCCACAUUCCAGUGGCGGUGUUCCCUUACGACAUCGAUCAGUUGCAGUUCCCGCUGAACCUCGAGUUCACGGAGAGCGAGUUUUUCCUGCACGGAUCGCUGGGGAUCGGCCUCGACCAGGUCGCGCCUCAGCUGGCCCUGGGGGGGCCGCCUCCGAUCGGCGCCCAGAAGGCGAGCCUCGACGACACCACUCGCCGGAUCAUUGAGGAGUUUGGUUUCCAAGAAGUUGGUCACGUAAGGGCAAUUGAAUCAACGGUGGGGGGAUUUCCAAGGCCGUUGAUCGAUCUAAGCGAGAAAAAUUUUGCGCGGUUGAUGGAUGAAGCAUUUGGGUUUCAUCUAAACCCCCCAUUCAACCCCUACGUCAACACGCUCAAUUACUUACUUGCAUGCUAUUUUUUGCCCUACUUGGGCCUCACCGGCUACGUGGGCACCAACCCAAGCAUCGACGGCUACGAUUCAAAGAAGCUCCUGGCAGGGCUGCUGGCCGUUGAAGCCGGGCAGGAUGCGGUGAUCCGCACGCUGCUCUACGAGCGGAUGGACGAGAUCGUCCCGCCGUACAAGAACCUCACGGUGGCGGACUUCACGAACCGCAUCUCCGCCCUGCGAAACAGUCUCGGAAUGUGCGGCAUCAAGGACGAGGGGCUUCUCGUGCCGCGGGAGCUCGGGGCGGAGAUGCGGAUCAGCACCAACAUCAUCUCCGCCGACGUCAACUCCCUCGGCUACCGCCGGACCCCUCAGGAGAUCCUCAGGGUUCUGUACGGCACAGGGAACGAGCACGUUCCCGGCGGUUUCCUGCCGAAAGGCGGGAACGGAAAAGUUGCCCGGCAGUAUCUCCAGUUUCCGAACUCGCAUUAGGCAGAAAGGACAGUAAACUCGGGCCUCAUCUAAUGUUGUUAGUUUCUAAAUAAUGGGUGAAAUUUGUUUCUAAAAUUGCAAUAUCUACUAUCUAAUGUUGUUUGCUUCUAAAUAAUGGGUGAAAUUUGUUUCUAAAUAAUGCGCAGAUCAACCAUCUCAGGUGCGAUUGAGAGAGAGAGUAUUGUAAAAACACACACAAACAAACUUAAGAAGCUCUUGUAUGUUAGCUACAGCGAUGAUUCAUGUAUUGUACUAA